GCACCUUCGUCCUUCGUCCUUUUGCACCCCGUCCUGACGCUUCGCGGCUUCCCAGUCGGUAGGCCCACUGGGCUGGACUGUGGACACACUGGACAGGGACCUCAUGGACUGCAUCCCAUGCCUCCACCAGCAACGGCAGCACCCUCACAGUCACACUCGGUCACUCACACACACCCGUAGAUACAAACGUGCACCUAGACGCAUGCUCGAGGCAGGUCGACGUACUGAGACGGACCGGACUAGCCCACUAGGGCGGCUGCAAGAGCACAUACCCGACUCUCCAUGGAUCGAUGCAGGAGAAGGAGCAUCAACACCAGCCGGAGGCAACAUCUCACCUCACGGACAUCCCACGCCGAGAAAAGCACCAAGAACCUCGGGAAGUAGGAUAUCCUGGUGAGAGAUGUUCCUGAAGCAGCAGCUUCUCCUCAUCCUCGGCAACACUGUCCAUAUGGCAGUGUAGGUAGGCAGGUAGGUACGUACGGAUACCUCUGACGGGAAAACAAAAAGAAAUCGAUUCGGUACGUACCUUUGACUUG